AUGGAACUGGGCAACCAAUCUGUUGUAGCAGGAUUUGUCUUGCUGGGGCUGUCAGAUCAGCCAAAGCUUGAGAAAACAUUCUUUGUGCUAAUCCUGUCGAUGUACAUGGUGAUCCUGCUGGGCAAUGGGGUCCUCAUCCUGGUGACCAUCCUUGACUCCCGCCUGCACACGCCCAUGUACUUCUUCCUGGGGAACCUCUCCUUCCUGGACAUCUGCUACACAACCUCUUCCAUCCCUCUUGUGCUGGACGGCUUCCUCACUCCCAGGAAAACCAUCUCCUUCUCAGCCUGUGCCGUGCAGAUGUUCCUCUCCUUUGCUAUGGGAGCCACAGAGUGUGUGCUUCUGGGCAUGAUGGCGUUUGAUCGCUAUGUGGCCAUCUGUAACCCCCUGAGAUACCCUGUGGUCAUGAGAAAGUCUGUCUAUGUGCCCAUGGCUCUCAGCUCCUGGAUGGCUGGUGGAGCCAACUCCUUGGUGCAGAUCUCUCUUGCAGUGCAAUUACCUUUCUGUGGGGACAACGUCAUCAACCACUUCACCUGUGAGAUCCUGGCUGUCCUGAAGUUGGCUUGUGCGGACAUCUCCAUCAAUGUGAUCAGCAUGGGGGUGGCCAAUGUGAUCUUCCUGGGGGUCCCAGUUCUGUUCAUCUUUGUCUCCUACAUCUUCAUCCUCACCACUAUCCUGAGGAUCCCCUCAGCUGAGGGGAGGAAAAAGGCCUUUUCCACCUGCUCGGCCCACCUCACUGUGGUGGUCAUCUUCUAUGGAACCAUCCUCUUUAUGUACGGAAAGCCCAAAUCCAAGGACCCCCUGGGGGCAGACAAGCAGGACCUUUCAGACAAGCUCAUCUCCCUCUUCUAUGGAGUCCUGACUCCCAUGCUCAACCCCAUCAUCUACAGCCUCAGAAACAAGGAUGUGAAGGUCGCUGUGAAGACCCUGGUGAGUCAGAAAUGCUUUGCCCAGUGA